GCCGCGAAGGGCAAGGGCAAGGGCAAGCAUUUGCAGCAGCAGGCCGCCCUCGAGGAGCAGCUAGAGGCCGUCAUCAAGGGAGGCGGAUCCGAGCAGGCGAAGGCGACCCAGGCGCUGCUGGAUGCGACUCGGGCUGCAGGAAAAAAGGCGGAGUCGGCGCAGCCCAUCACUCAGCAGGUGACGGCGGCGGCGUCGAAGGUCCAGAAGGCCCAGACGGCUUUCGAUAAGGCGCAGUCUCAGCAGCUCAAGUUGACGAUGGAGCUUGAGAAGUGCAAGAGCACCAUGCAGCAUGCAGCAGCCACCUUGGCCCGAGCCGAGGCAGAGAGGGCCACGUUGUUCCGCUCGAUGGUGCCCACGGUUGCGGCUCAGACUCCUGCACAGGCGGGGGUGUCUUCCAACACCAUCGAUUUGUCGGCGCUGAUGCCUGCUCAGUCGGUGGACGAGUCCCUGUUCACUUUGUCGUUGGGUGAGGAGUUCAGCAAUGCGGAUGGGCUCAUUCCCCCAUCGGACGUCGCUGAGUUGGACAAGCGCAAGAAGGCGGUGAUGGAGGCGUUGAUGCACACCCUGCGCGCCACCUUCGGCGAAGCUCAUGACAAGCUGAAGGAGCAUAGGGAUAAGCUCGCGGAGAUGCGCGAGAAGAUCACCAAGAGGCGCAGGGAGAACUCCCCUGGGCCACCGCCCGUUGCUGGGGCAGGCGCCGCUGCUGGGGCAGCCGCGGCUCCUGCAGGCGACGCCGCUGCGCAGGCUGCGGGCCAGGCGCCUGAUGCGCCUGCAGCGUCUGCGGCGCCAGCGGCCGCCCCUGGUGGGGAUGCGCCUGCGGCGGCGACCGCUCCUGGAGCACAUGAUGCAGUUGAGGCCGCCCGUCUGGCGGCCAUUGAGUCCAAGUUGAAAGAGGAGGCGGAGGCGACGCUGGCCACGGCGAGGUCGACGGCGGCUUCGGCAGAGACCCACGUUCCAGUUGCGGGGUCCCACGACUUGCUGCAUGACUGGAGGAAGGCCGGCUACAUUGGCAUGCUCUCUGCGGCUUACGAGUCGAAUGGUAAGUCCAAGGCAGGAGGCAUCACCAUGGGCACCCAUAAGAAGUACAAGGUUCAGUCGAUGCGCCACCUAGCCUCAUCCCCCUCAGAUCAGGUCGGGUUGCGAGAUUUGGAUCGAGAUCCGAAGGACCAGCCUGGCAUUGAUUUUCGGGAUAUGGUGGCCAUGCAGCUGAGGGCCCAAGGCCAGUCUUUGUUGAUUGUUGGAGUAUACAUGACCUCGUCGGUGGGCCCGAAGGCGAAUGCUUCCAAGCUAGCCAACGCUGGCACUCUGGUUUCCACGAUCCAGGGGCCAUGGCUGGCCAUCGGUGAUUGGAAUAUGACGCCGAAGGAGCUGGCUAGCACAGGCUGGCUGGCCUUGGUCAACGGCGCGAUCAUCACCCCCACCAACACGGAGUAUACCUGCACGCUGGGCUCAGGUCGAAUGUUGGACUACAUGGUUGUGUCUCAGCAUGCGGUGCCUUGGGUCGAGUCGUUGCUUGCUGACUUUCAGGCGGUCGAGGAGGCGGGGAAGGCUCACUACGGUCUCAAGCUUCAGCUCAACUUCGACGCCAGUCGGGCCCGAGCUUGGAUCACGCGGCGUAAGCUGAGCAUCAAGAGCCCUCCGCCCUUGCAGUACUCCCUCUUUGGUGAGGACGAAGACGAGCUUUUCACGGACGAGGAAGAUACGGAUGUCCCUGAAGAUAACGAUGAUGAGCAGGUGGCCGUCUCGGAUUCUGAAUUGGACACUUACGCUUCCAUCCAGGCUGAGUGGUCUGCUGAGGCGAAGGGCUUGUUGUGGCAGCAG